GUGUGUGUCGUCCAGGUGCUGAACUGGUCAGAUUACUGUCUGCCGUUAGCCUACAGUCCAGGACAGCCGUACCGGGCCAUCGCUGAAGCCAGCCUGGAGAACUUCAGCCGCCUCGGUGUGGCUUUUAUGGAAGAUCGUCUGCACAUGGGCAACGGGCUCCGACCUGAAAAGAUCGUUUCCGUGUUACUCCGAGAGACGGCGCUCCAAGAGCUGUUCGAGCAGCAGCAGGAUCAGGAUCAGGAUCAGGAGCAUCAUCAGGAGGAGCCGGAGCUCCCGUCCCGACACCAGCACAUGGACGGACACCACCUGCACCUCUCCAGCUGCCACGAGUGUCAGGAGCUGGAGAACAGCACCAUCCUGUCUGUGAAGUACGCCUCCGUGGAGAACAUCCCGGAUCUGCCGGAUGACUGCACCGCUGCGGAUGAGGAGGAGGAGGAAGAGGAGGAGAGCAGGAGGAGGAACAGCAGCGGGAAGCCGCCCAACGUGCUAGUGUUCACGGGCGGCUGCGAGGAGCAGUUCCUGAAGAUCCGCUCGCUCCUGGUGGAGUGUGUGGACACGGACUGCUACGCCAUCUACCACCUGCGUCCACAGCAGGCCCUGAGCGAGCCCUGGCUGGACAACACCCUGCUGCUGGUGCUGGCCACUGACCAGACGCUCACCCCACAGCUGCAGCUGCGCUUCCUGUCCUAUCUGAGCCAGGGCGGGAAGCUCCUGGGCCUGUCGUCCUCGCUGUGUCCCGCCGGACUCACGCUGCGGCCCGGAGACACACAGAAGGACCACCUCUGCAGCCUGACCUUCACCAAGUCCGACAGCACGGAGCUACAGAUGAGUGUGUUGUCCAGCGGGAGCGUGUUUGUACGGGACGGAGCCGGAGUAGGAGACGUGGAGCUCUGGGGCGAGAUCAGUGGCCGGGACGAGAGGGAGAUGGCCAUCGUGCGUGUGACCCACGGAGCGGACAGCGGGGAGGCCGUCCUGUGUCAGGUGCGUUUGGAAACAGCUCCGGAUGCCCAUGAUGCACAAGGCUUCUCCGAGCUGAAGAUGAGCAACGGCCGGCGCUACGAGGUUCUGACGGAGAUCCUGACGUCUCUGGGUCUGAGCUGUGAGCUGAGUCAGGUGCCGUCACACAGCCCCAUCUACCUGCUCAGCACAGACACGGAGCAGACGGGCCUCUUCCUGAGCUGGCUGCGGGCGCAGGCGGGUGAUUCGGGUGUUCUGCGGAGCGUGGAGGGGGAUCUGAAGGUGGUGUGGGCCGGAGACGAGUCGGUGGAUGUGUGUGAGGGUGAGCGUGUGUUACACACUGAGCCGCCCGAGAGCUUCUCUCAGCUCUUCAGCCUGCAGACGUACACACAUCACCUGCAGACGCAGCGGCUGGGCCGGACCGUCCUGUACGCAGACAUCACCUCCAGCACCAUGGACCUGCUGCAGGGGCGGAUGUUGCAGUCGCCACAGGAAGUGGGGUUAAUCGCCAUAGCAGCACGUCAGACACAGGGCAAAGGCCGCGGGGGGAACGCCUGGUUGAGUCCGCCGGGGUGCGCCAUGUUCACGCUCCACCUGCAGCUUCCUGUGAACUCACGCCUCGGACAGAGGAUCCCCUUCCUGCAGCACCUCGCCGCCCUCGCCGUGGUGCAGUCUGUGCGCACGCUGCCCGGAUACGAGGACGUGGACCUGCGGCUGAAGUGGCCCAAUGACAUCUACUACAGUAACCUGAUGAAGCUCGGCGGGGUCCUGGUCAGCUCCUCCGUCACGGGUCAAACCUUCAGCCUCCUGAUCGGCUGUGGGUUCAACGUGAGCAACAGUAACCCGACCGUCUGCAUCAACGACCUGGUGCUGCAGCUGAACCGGGAGCACGGCCACAGCCUGGACACACUGACUCCGGAUCAGCUGAUCGCUCGGUCGGUCACACUGCUGGAGCGCUACGUCUCUGACUUCCAGCUGCGCGGCCCGCAGGCUCUGAUGCAGCUCUACUGCAGGAGAUGGGUGCACAGCGGCACGCGUGUGCGUCUCUGGAGCGAGGACGGUCCCGAGGCUGAGGUGGUGGGUCUGGAUGAGAACGGUUUCCUGCAGGUGAGGACAGGAGAUCAGGUGGUGUCUGUGCAGCCGGACGGAAACUCCUUCGACAUGCUGAGGAACCUGGUGGUGACCAAAACCAGCUGAAGAUCUCCAGCACACGUCUCCACAGCUGGAAACAACUACACUGACAACUUCAUUUAAUACAAAUUCAUUUAGCAGAAAUGUCUUUCUCUUUCUGAUUUGUUUUAACUAAUUUCAGCGCCUGAUUGCGACCCGUUCUGAUUCGAACAGGAGAUUUGAGUCUUGAGAAGUGUGUGUUGUUUGCUGCAGAGUAACAUGCACCAGUGACUCUCAUGGAGGAUAAAGCGGUCAUUACAUGCAGACAGACGCAGGGAUGUUUAUGGGUUUAAUAUGAGCAGUAUUUCAGUCUCGUUCAGUGUUUGGUGUAAUGGAUCAGAGUGAUCACAUGAUCAUCAAAUUAUACUCCUAUAACUCUCCAAAAUAUUGAUUUGAAAUCAUUAAGUGGAAAAGGUUCUUCCCAUUAAAGAACAGACUGGUUUUACAGUAAAGGCAGAUUCUCAGCACACUGACGAGGGGAAACUUAUGCUUUUUUCUGUAAUUCUCAUUUGGUUGCACGCUCAAUUUCGAGGUGAUUUUGUAUAUUCAUAUCACGUCAGGUAAUCAGUAUCUAAAUAUUUUGUAAUGAUUUGUGGUUUGUAAACAGAUACAGAUGAUCCCUUUUAAAGAAGACAUUCCCGAGUUGUAUAAAAUGAAAUAAAAUGAUUGUGACUGA